GGAUUCUUGUGUGGCAGUCUCUUGGAUAAAAAGACCCCUGUUUCUCCUCGCCCACUAUGCGGAGGCUAAACGAUACCGAAGCCGCCCGCAUAGGUCGUUUAUAGCGGAUAUUUUAUGGAAGGUGGGACGAGGGAGACGUUGUGAGGCUGGGGAGUCGGGACAUCGGCUGAGCUGCGGAGAGGAGCGUUAGCAAGCUAGCUUUCGUGACAGUAACGGCUGUAACGGAACCGUGACUUUUCCGUACAACAGUCCGUUGGUCCCGUCAUCAUGGCUACGAAUGGUAACAAUUUAACGCCUGGGAUGGGCGAUAUCAUCCAGUUAAACGUCGGUGGGACAAGGUUCAGCACCUCCAGACAGACUCUGAUGUGGAUCCCAGACUCUUUCUUCUCAAGUUUGCUGAGUGGAAGGAUAUCCACUCUUCGGGAUGAAACUGGAGCUAUAUUUAUUGACAGAGACCCUACAGCUUUUGCACCAAUUUUGAAUUUCCUCCGAACCAAAGAGUUGGACUUGCGGGGCGUCAACAUCAGCAUCCUGCGACAUGAAGCGGAGUUUUACGGGAUAACUCCUUUAGUACGCCGCCUGCUGCUGUGUGAGGAACUGGAUCGCUCAUCAUGCGGUAGCGUUCUCUUCCAUGGUUACCUGCCGCCUCCAGCCAUCCCUGCCCGAAAGUCGAGCCCUGCCUCCGCAUCCUCUGGCUCCUCCUCUGAUGAGCGGCCAGGUCCGAGUGGAGCAGAGGGCUUCACCCGUGUUGGUCCCCCUCCUCACCCUUCCCUCUCUGGCCCACCUGGAACGGACGACAAUCACAAACUGGGUCCUGUGGUUGACCCCAGGAAGGUGCUGAUUAUAGCAGGACACCACAACUGGAUUGUAGCAGCUUAUGCACACUUUGUCAUCUGCUACAGGAUAAAGGAAUCUUCUGGAUGGCAGCAGGUGUUUUCCUCACCCUACCUCGACUGGACCAUCGAACGCAUCGCACUUAACGCCAAGGUGGUGGGCGGCCCGCACGGAGACAAGGACAAGAUGGUGGCCGCCGCCUCUGAAAGCAGCAUCAUCCUCUGGAGCAUCCAAGAUGGCGGCAGUGGCAAUGAGAUAGGUGUAUUCAGUCUCGGUGUACCUGUGGAUGAUCUCUUCUUCAUCGGGAACCAGCUGGUGGCUACGAGCCACACGGGGAAGGUUGGGGUGUGGAAUGCUGUCACACAGCACUGGCAGGUUCAAGAUGUGGUUCCUAUUACCAGUUGUGACACAGCAGGAUCCUUCCUACUACUGGGCUGUAACAAUGGCUCCAUCUACUACAUAGAUAUGCAGAAGUUUCCGCUGAGGAUGAAGGAUAAUGAUCUUCUAGUGACAGAGCUUUAUCAUGACCCUUCAAAUGAUGCCAUCACUGCGCUGUCUGUCUACCUCACACCUAAGACCAGCGUGAGUGGGAACUGGAUAGAGAUCGCCUACGGGACCAGCAGCGGUGCGGUGAGAGUGAUCGUGCAGCACCCAGAGACAGUGGGGUCUGGCCCACAGCUCUUUCAAACGUUCACUGUGCACAGGAGCCCGGUGACAAAGAUUAUGCUGUCUGAGAAGCAUCUGGUGUCAGUGUGCGCGGACAACAACCAUGUUAGGACGUGGACGGUGACCCGGUUCAGAGGGAUGAUCUCCACCCAGCCAGGCUCCACCCCGCUGGCUUCCUUCAAAAUACUGUCCCUGGAGGAGACGGAGAGCCAUGGGAGCUACUGCUCUGGGAAUGAUAUUGGUCCAUUUGGAGAGAGGGACGAUCAGCAGGUUUUCAUACAGAAGGUGAUCCCCAUCACCAACAAGCUGUUUGUGAGGCUCUCGUCUACUGGAAAGAGAAUCUGUGAAGUGCAGUCGGUAGACGGAACCACCAUCUCUUGCUUCAUGGUACGGGAGUGUGAGGGUUCGAGCCGGAUGGGGUCGCGACCUCGCCGCUAUCUGUUCACCGGUCAUGGCAAUGGCAGCAUCCAAAUGUGGGACCUGACGACGGCGAUGGACACCGCUAACAAAGGAGAGGAGAGGAAGAGAGAGGAUGUAGGUGGGCCGACAGAGGAGGAGCUGCUGCAGCUGUUGGACCAGUGCGACCUGAGCACCUCCCGCUGUGCCACACCAAAUAUCAGCCCCGCCCCCUCCGUGCUGCACCACACACGGCUCAGAGAGUCCUGCUCGAGUCUGCAGUUACAGGCCCCGGAGCCCAUUCCUGAGAGCCAGGCUACUUAUGGAGCUGUGCGACCCUACAGAGAGAGCCCCCUGCUGGCUCGCGCUAGACGAACAGAGUCCUUCCACAGCUAUCGAGACUUCCAGAACUUCAGCCUGAGUCGUGUCCUGGACAGCACAGGUCAGACAUCCACGCAGGGCCCCAGCCAGGCCCCCGACGCCCGCCGCUCGCUCUGCGACUUUGGGCCUGAGGACAGCGAGAGGAGAGCCACAGCGAUGGAGUUCUGGGCUUGUCGAGCAUCCGGUUCAAGCUCUACCACAAAUAUCGGCGCGAUGGCGGCUGCUGGUGUGUGCGGGGUGAAGGCGGAAGGCAGUCCAGAGUCUCCAAGACAGCCUCCCGACAGCCCAGUCCCCGGAGGUGACGUUAGGCGAAAGGUGCACCCACAGCCAGAGGAAGGAGACGGUGUGGGAUCAGGGGGAGACGGGGUCAAGGCAGAGUCAGGCCUGAAGAAGAGGGGAGUACUAGAAGGCGGCUUUCUGGGGAGGAAGAGGGCUCCCCCAGUCCCCCACCUCUCCUCCCUCCCUUCUGGAUCUGAAGGUGGUGGCAGCGACUCCUCUUCCAACGCCUCCCCCUCCCCAACCAAACUGGCGUCCUCCACGUCACCGCGACACAGGAAGCUGACCCAGGAGCUGUCCAAUCAGGACAGCAGCCUGUGACAGCGAGCCUUUUCUUUUGCCCUCAGUCAGAGGAGCCAUCCUGUGGAGGCUUCCUGUAGGUGCACGAUGAGAUGAGGCCUGGAUAUCACAGCAGAGGAGGAGCCCACUCGCUUUUACUCCACUUUCCACCCACCCUCACAUUGUUUUUCUUGAACUAACUGGACCCUCUUCCUUUGGGACUCCACACAAGACGCUACCAUGUUUGAAUGAGUCUGUCUCAGGACGAGUCUCCUCUACUCAGUUUGCUCCCCACGCCGAAGAACUUUUAUUUAAACCCUUUCUAAUUUAAUUCAGUGGAAUUCAAACGUGUGUGUCAGACUUUUGACGACAAAAUCUGCCCUAACAGCAUGCCAUCUCAACCUGGGCAGGAGUGCAUUUUGCUUUUGAACUCUGAAGUUCUGUCACACUGCUGGGAACAACUGGAGCUCCUAAUAUCUCAGUUUGCUUCCAGUUGUUUUAUUAGAUGAUGAGGUCAGCACUUUCAGGCACAAAUCUGAUAGCAAGAUGGCUGCUCAGUUCGUCCUGGAGAACAGCUGACAUCGUUUUGUCUCUCUACAUCUAAGCCAACAUAUGGUGACCACAGGAACACCUGUUUGGCCAGGUAUUGUCAACAGCAGUGGUUGAAGCACAAAUGUUUGGCCACUGAUGUGUAGAUUGGAUCAUUAAAUCAUCAAAAUGAAAACAAAAAAACAGAAGCAAAGAAGCACAGCAGUCGUUGUCAUACAGGGUUUCAAACACUAUCCAAUGAGUGCUUUAUCUUGUGGGACCCUUAAACAGCUAAUGGAAGCAAAAUGGAAUUAACAAAGGCACUGCAUGUACUUUUAUCAGAUAUUUAAUGUGUUUUUGUCGACUCAUCUGGUAGGAAUGACGUUCAGAACCGGACCAAAAUGAUUCAGGCUCGCACAGAAUAUCUGCUUUCGAACAAAACCCAGAAAAUAGAGAAACCUGAGAUCUUCAACUACAAGCAGAACAUAUUCAUCAAAAUAUUACAUUUACGAUUAUGUAACAGAAAAGGCAGCAAAACCUCACAUUUAAGAAGCUGAAACCAGCACAUUUUUAAUUUUUGUCAAUUACAUUUUAGGUGAUCGAUCGAACAGUUGACGGUUUCGGCAUUAGCUCCAUAUAGAUUUGUCAAAAUACAGACCUCAUGAUGUCUGACAGUGUGUGCUAUCUGUCGUCGAGUGAAUUUUUACAUCAUCUUACCUUAAACAUGUCACCCGAGCCAGAAUCUUGGCAGCUACUUGAAUCCUAAUGCUGCAGCCAGAGACACAAUGGUUAUUGUUGUUGAAGCAAUGACACUAAAAGCCAACUGUCAGCAAGCAGUAAAGCCAUUUUGCGGCUCCAGCGUGCAGUAAAACCUUCUGGGUUUGUUGUUUGAUGGUUCAGCGACAACUAUGCAACAGUGGAGUUCAGAUGCAGAACAGCCAAACUUAUCAUGGCUAAUAAGGCUUCAGGACUGCCAAACGGUGAUAUGUGUUACAGCCAGCUGCACGAUUCACUUCGAACAGUAGCAUGAAAUCCUCCUUGCUCCUCAGCAAACAUCGUGACUUGCUGCAGCAGGGAAAAGCACAGGUGAAACUAUUUUCCUUAGCGAUGGCUCAGUUCCAUUAAGUGUCCCAGUAAGCCACGUCAGUGAGCCAGCAUGCACAAAACCAGGGCAACACAUCUAGCUGUCCUACGUUGAAUGCCGUAAUUAUCAAUUACACCUGUGCUUUUCCUGCCACGACAAGUCGAAAGAAAACAGACUGGCCGCGCAGCUGGAACCUUACAGUUUGGGGAAGUGGUUUUUUUUUUUUUGGAGACUGAUCCAUUAAAAAGAUCGUUCAUGUUACAUGGCAAAAUGGACAUUAGCCACACUGACAUAUAUACAGUAUAGGACCUUUUCCUCGAUGUCUGAACAGAGACAAAUCAUCUGGUACAUGUUUUAUCACUGUUCAGUUAGGAACGCAGCGUGCCUGUGCAAGAUCACACUAAUUAUCAUUUAGAUUUUAUUUUUUUACAGUAUCACAGUAUAACUACACUCAAAUCAAUACUCAAAAGGACCUACACUACAUCACUUUACUCCGUUUGAACCAGAGUUUGAUGUGUCUUGUGUUGUUACAGAUGACUGUUGCAGUGCCUUAUUUAACUUGUGUGACGGUUAUCAGCCUGUUUGUGUGUUUCCACUGAAAAGGAUUCUGACCAAAGGCUUGUUAAGACUGAGCUCAUUGUGGAGACGCGCAGCAGACCUGUCCACUCCCGGCUUCAGCUGGAGUCACCCCACGAUACAUUUACAACAGGCCAAAUACGAUCUCUCGAGUGGUCCUGUGAACUGAUAAGCAUUACAUAUGAAAUGAUCAGCACCUGCUGUAAAAUUGAAAAUAAUCUUGAUGUAGAUUAAAACUGGAGAGUCUGUCCGUCUUCCCAACACCUGGGGAAUUUUAUCUGUAGCUUGUUCGUUGUAGUUUGGGGGGAACCAAGUCGUUCACGCCCAAGAAUACAAUGGUAAAAUAUGAGUGUGUGCUCUGUAGGAAGCAAAACCAGUGCACCUUGGUUAUGGUAAAGUUGAGACGGCCUAAAAGGACAGCUGAAAGUUAAAUGGCAGCAACGUUAUUGUGCGAGCUAAACCUUUACUGCUUGAACCCAUCAGAUCUCCUGCGAGAUUUCCACGCUGCUGGUUUGGGGUAAGUUAAAGAGACCAGACCAGCUCUUGAUCCACGGUACUUUAUUAUCACUAUUGUGGGGACACCUGUAGAAAUUGAUGAAGGUGAAGAACAAGGUGAAAAGAACCAGAAAGACUGUCCUGAAAUGUUCAUUAUAAUCUGCCAAAUCCAGCAGCUAUAUAACCUCUAUUGAAGUAGUUUUUGGCACAUUGCUUAUCAUUUACCGUGUGGUCCCCGCCUGUACAAAGAUGGACAUUUUGAUGCGCUCAUUAACUGCACGGAAAGCAGACAUACAUAUUCAAAACAAAAUCCUAACGAGGAUGCAUUGAUGUGCGUGAUGGUGUGUCGAUACUUACACUGUUGUUCUUUACGUUGUUGUUGAUAAUCAUAUAAUGCCUAUACUGAUACUACCAUGCUAUCGGACCUAACUGCAUUUGCACUUGCACUAUUAAGACUAACAUUAAAAGUUACUUGCUAGUUUUUAUUUUCUAUAAAAAAAAUGAUAAAGUUUAAAGUGUAUUUCAGCACAUAACUGUUUGUCUGUCCUGAUCUGUCGUCCCUCAGUUCCUCUCUGGCUAUGUUUACAUUAUAUUACAGCCAGAUGCUAGCGAGCUAAAAGGAAUACAUAUCUGUUUGUUUGAACUGCCCUGUGCAUCCUUGUUUUACAUUGUGUGUGUUUGAAAUGCAGCAUUAUGUUGGGAUAUUAUUUACUGUUGCCUACAUGAUCAAAUAUAAUGCUGACAUUGAACUUUCAGAGCCAGCGUUCAUGCAAUUUAAACUAUGACCGUGUUCACUAAAAGCUCUCAUUUUUCCUUUCUUGAACUCUCGGAAGAUUAAGAGGUAAAUGGACAGUGAGGAAAUAGAGUUGUUGUGAUGUUUUUUGACAGUUAAUCUGAGGGAAAGAGCAAACAUUCAGCUGUUUACAGUAGAGCCUUCAAAUCUGUGCUAUUACAAAGCUGUUUUAAAUAAUUGGUAUGCAUGUUUUAACACAUGACAACAACAAUAAUGGGUAUUAUUAUAGUAUAAAAAACACAUUCUAUAGAACAACAUGACAUUGUUCCAGGAACAUUCAAUCCAGUUUUCCAGGCAAAUGUCAUCAACGGCAGAUUAAAAGCAACUGAAAGCAUUUUAUAAAUUAUUUGGGCUCUGACAUGUUUUCGUCUGUGAAUCUUGGAACUUUGACAAGAUGAAUUCAAGCAAACCAUCAACACUCAAUGAUUUUGUAGUCGUUGAAGGAGUUUAAAUUUUGACCUUUAAAACAAGAGUCAGUCGCUGCUGGUCACUGCUGAGUUGUUAGUGCUCGGUUUGUGUGGACAACCUGCCAAAGCGCACAAUUUUUGUUUUGUUUAAGUGUCACAGAGGUGUGUGUGUGUGUGUGUGUGUGUGUCACCCCAGCUCUUUCAUUUCUCUAACCUUCCCAUUCAGACAGUCUCCUCUCUGAGAUGCCGUCUGUCGUCAUCGUGAUUUAUGAGUUUAAUAAAACCCUGAGUGUGUGUGUGUGUGUGUGUAGCUCAGGGCCAUACUGUCCCUUACAAUCACUCCACAAGCUCUCUUUUCACAGCCUCUCCCUCCCUCCGUGGCUGACAAUAGCUGUGAAUGUGGCUGUGAAUGUUUUAGAAGUGCCCUUGUCAGACUGGCGUCCUUGAGCGAGGGCACAGUUGUUACUGCCAGUUCGUUAAUUUCAAACUUGCCUUGAUGUUCCCUUAAGGGACACGGGAGCAAAACUAGAUUACUGCUGCAUAGUUUUGAUGGAGAUACCGGCCCCCUGUGUUUGUGCUUGUGUAUGUGUGGGGUAGCGUUGCACAGCUGAUGGCACAUCUGUGUUUUACUAACUCAGCAGAUACCAGCUGACUGAAAUGGACUUUUAUCUUCACUUAUAUCACAAAAUCAGAGAGAGCAGCUUCAUUUAGUUCAAUUUCCUCACUCCUAGAAACGCACACACACACACACUAUCAUCAUCAUUCGACUGUAUGUGCAAACUAGUUUGCUUUCAUAACUGUAUUUCUACAAGUUUAAAUGAAUAUUUAAACUGAGGCACAAUAUGAACCUCAUCAUGGAACAAAUAUUCAUGUAUCACUCGUGGAGUUUUGUCAUUGUAACACCUUUGUAUCCUCAUGCAUUGAUAAUACAUUGAACAUGGAAUUGGUACGUUUGUGUCUUUCAUUUUAGCUGCUGCUCUUAAAUACUGACAUGUCCCCUGUUCACGAUGGGCUAAAACAAUAUUAAAGUGCUACAA